ACAACAAAAUGGCUUCACUGAGCACAGCAUGCGUUGCUAUCCUGUUUCUUGGACUCGCAGUCGAGUUCGGCUCCUGUAACUUCCGGCCAAACGUGGUUAAUGUUCGACCUGGAUCAUUCGGGAAAAGUCUUCCAUCAAGACCAGCGAUAGACCCUAAAGCUCUCGCCGCUGCUAAACAGAGGUUUGCAGGGGGUUUUAACUUCUCCCCAUACCCAUGUAAUCUGGCGAGGAUUGAACCAUACAGAGAUCCUUCUAUCAAAAAGACUUCGAUACCCGGUAGGAGAUCCUCCAGCGUUCCUAGUGCCAUUUUGAAUAUGGCCAUGAAGCGCGCUUCUAACAAGAGAAGCCCGGAGGCGCAAGCUGCCAAGGUUCUAAUGGACAAUUCUAGGAAAAUUCAGGCUAGUCAGAUGAAGACAUUGUCUGCUGCCCGGAACCGAACCAAAAGACAAGCCCCUGAAAUGGUAUACUUAUCUGAUACUGUCGUAACCGAAAUGUGCUCAGCACAGGAAAAACGGAUCAUCUCAGUUAUCAACCAAGGUACAGAGUGCUACACUAUUCUGCCACAGGAAGUCCAAAUGUUCGAAUGUGCCUCGCCUUUCGUGAGAGGACUAAGCAAUCCUUUCCCCUUCAUGCAGAAGUUUUAUUGUGAGCCCAGCGAUUACUUGGAAACAGCCUGGUACGUGAUCUGUGGAAACCUAGCUAGACCAGAAAUCCGUGUACAUUCCGCCUUUGUCCCGAUUAACUGCGGCUGUUCGUCAUACCAGUGCAACUUUGAGCCCUACCAAUCCAACGCCCCUCUCGAUUUCUAAAUAAACUCUUCUAACUUAUUUAUAUAUACUGUAAACUAUUGUCUGUUAGCCGAGGUGGCUGACUUGCACCAAACUUGCAAAUGGAACGCAAAUCGAUCUGCGAUGACUUUGUGUGCUCCUUGGAUAUGACGCGCACCUGCCUGUUGCAUGAAUGUGUAUGUACAGUUUGGGAAUAUUUUUGUUCAUUAAUUGUCAUGUGUGAAUAUG